CCCACCAAGUCUGGCCACACCCUGGGUACAUUCCAGCCCACCUGUGCCCGGGCUCAGCAGCUGCACACAGCACGCUUGGCGACCUCAGCCCCAGGAGGUGGAAGUCCACUCUGCAAGGCUCCCAGGCAGCCGCCUGCAGCCCUGCCCCCCGCCUUCAGGCUCCUGCCCCCUCCAGCUGUCAGCAGCGCCCAGCCUCCACCCCCACAGCUACUGUUGCCAUGAGAACCCUGCAGGGCAGGCAGGAAGAGUGUGCCAGUGAAGGGGAGGAGGUGGCCAAGCUGGAGGCUCCUCUGCCUGGGAGCCUUGUGGCCCCAGGGUGUGGGGCAGUCACUGCAGUCCCUGAGCAGGUGCUGUGGCCCACAGCAAGCUUAGCCUGGCCCCCUUAGCCCACAGCCCAUGAGGUCAGGGCCGGGUUCAGGGGUUCUCCUGGUGUGGGGAUGGGUUGACAGUACGUGAACUUGCCAGGAUCACACCAUGGACGGCUAUGUUGGGGUUUCAGUGGGCCCUGCUUUGAACAGUGCAGAAUGGGAUAGGUCCUGCCCUUCAGAGCCAAGGGCAUCAGCUCCCCACCCCUCUGCCAAGCUAGAACGUUCCCAGGCCCAAUGCCUUGGGGAGGGGCUGGCAGAGUGGGACGAGGACAUUACCAGGCAGGUAUGGUAGGUCACGUGCAGGCCUUCCCAGGCUGGCAGGGACAUUGGAUGCAGGAGUGGCCUCACCCAGAGAGGAUGGCAUCCUGGGGACACAAGAGGCUGCAGGGGCCAUCUGGCCCCAGGUACCCGCCAAGAUUUUGGCAUUGGCAGCCUUGAAGCAGAUAGGGCCUGAGGAGAGGCCAGUGGGGCACAGAGUAGCCCAUCUGCUCCUGCCUGGCCCGACAGGAGAUGCGAAUUCCAAGAUGCCCCUGACCAAUCUCUGCAGCCCAGGCCAGGGUUCGGGCCCCUCCUCUCAGGCAAGUGUGUUGGGGUGACACUGACGGGACUGGCAGGCUGCUCUGGGCCACAGGGCUCCUGUUUAGACACUGAGGUCUGUGUCUUGGGGGUGCUGCAGGGACCCUGUGCUCUGCACAGCCCCAAAUUGGAGCCAGUGCAGCUCAUGAUCCCCAGCUCCACGGUGCAGCCCCCACUGGGUGCGGCCCCUUUAAGUACAGCCCCUUCAGCUGCCAUCAGGGGCAGCACUGAGCAGCCAGGCCAGGAUCCGCGCUGCUGCCUGGAAGCUUCUGCCCGUGCCGGGGACGCAGCAGUGCCGGGGACACAUAGGAGCCGACCUGGGGGUGGCACAGCCCACCGGGGCACAGCCAGAGCAGCACCCAGCCCUGCCAGCAGGAAGCCCCUGCACACCUGGGACACAGAGGAGGCACCCGGCCAGACCCCGAGAGGCCCAUCCACCUGAGGUUCUGCCCUGCAAGGGGCCUGGCCAGGUGCUUCUGACCCCGGCAUGGAGGAAGCGCCCGCGUUCUCGGCCCAGGCCCGCAGCCAGGGCUGCUCCGCCCGCUGCGCCCCAGGGCAAAAGCCCCGCAAGGCAGUGUGAGCUGGAGCCGCCAGCCUGGGGACCUCUUUUAAGAUGACCCGUACGGACCCUCCGGACCUGCUGGUGUCGACCGUGUACCAGGACAUCAAGGUGGCGACCCCGGGACCCGCGUCCAAGCGCUCGCCAUGUGAGCGAUCCGUGGCCCGGCCUGCUGAGCCCGCGCCUUUCAACAAGCGCCACUGCCGCAGCUUCGACUUCCUGGAGGCGCUGGACGGGCCGGCCAUGGAGACCCUGCCGGAGCCACCGCCGCAGGAGUCCGCUGUGCCGCGCGCCCGGACCCGCGAAGCCGAGCCACGCCGCCGCGCCCGCUCCAAGAGUGCGCCCCGCGCGCCCCCGGGCCUGACGCCCGCGCCCGCCUCGCCGCCGGUGUUGCCCCGCCGAGGGCGGGAGGCCCAGCGUGCGGCGCGGGCCGAGGCAUCGCCGCGCCGGGAGCCCGCGUACCCGGCGCUCCGCGCCCUUGCCAACGAGCUGCAUCCCAUCAAGUUGCAGCCGCAGCGGGGCGGCCCCGGCCGCAUCGCGCCCCUGUGCGCCGCCGCGGGCCGCUGCGCACCGCCCGAGCCACCCGCGGGUCCCGCCCCCCACGUGCGCUGCCGCCUGGACAUCAAGCCAGACGACGCAGUGCUCCAGCACGCCACCCGGGGCUCGCGGUCCUGCGGGCCCGCCGAGGCCGCGCACUGGGCCCGCCCCGCCCCGCAGUUCCACGGCCUCACGGUGCCCGGGCCCCGCCACAUGGCGCUGUCGCGCACCCCAACGCCCAGCGACUCAUACUGUGCGGAUCCCCGGGCGUUCUACUGCGACGGGCCCCUGCCUGGGCCCCGGGACUACGCCGAGCGCCGCAGUCUGCCCUUCACCACCCCGCCGGGCCCCACCCAGUUCUUCUAUACAGAGGAGCCCCAAGGCUUCCGGGGCAGCUUCGCAGCCAGUCCCGGCCCAACCUUCGACGCCUACUGCCCCAGGCCCUAUCCGUCCGAGGAGCUCCCAGGGCCCAGUCCAAGGCGCAUGGGCGGCUACUACGCAGGAGAGGUGCGCACCUUCCCAAUCCAGGAACCGCCCUCCCGCUCCUACUAUGGGGAGGCUCCACGAGCCUACAGCCUGCCCUACGGGCCCCGCUAUGUCCCCGAGGAGCCCCGGGCCCACUCCACCGCCCGCCCCUUUUACACGGAGGACUUCGGAAGGUACCGCGAGCGCGACGUCCUGGCUCGGACGUACCCGCACCCGCGCAGCAGCCCGGCCUGGGCGGACUGGGGCCCGCGACCGUACCGCACCCUGCAAGUGGUGCCGCCCUCUGACCCCGACCCGUUGCUCGCCUCCUGGCACGGCGGCACCGGCACCAGUCCGCCCCGGCUGGCCACCGACAGCCGCCACUACUCGCGCUCCUGGGACAACAUUCUGGCCCCGGGGCCGCGCCGAGAAGACCUGUUGGGCCGCGGCCGCAGCUACGAGAACCUGCUGGGGCGCGAGGUGCGGGAGCCGCGAGGCGUGUCCCCCGAAGGCCGGCGCCCGCCCGUCGUCGUGAACCUGUCCACCUCUCCCAGACGCUACGCCGCACUGUCCCUGUCCGAGACGUCGCUGACGGAGAAGGGCCGCGCUGGCGAGGGCCUGGGCCGCAAUUGGUACGUGACGCCCGAGAUCACCAUCACUGACAAUGAUCUGCGCGCCACCGAGCGCCCGAGCGCCAGGGCCUGGGAGUUGCCCGGGGGCCGCACGCGGCCACCUCCCCACGCGGCCCCCGACGGCCCCACCUCUGGCCGCCAGCGGAGCCUAGAGCAGCUGGACGAGCUCAUCACGGACCUGGUCAUCGACUCGCGACCCCCCGCCGGCCAGGCCUCAGAGCCCGCGGCCGACUGCCUGGGUCCCCAACUGCGCCGACUGCUGGACUCGCGGCCCGCGGGCUCCGGGGCCCCCGCGCUGGCGCCGCCACGCUCGCCCCCCGCCUCGGCCGGCAGCGCCGAGGAGCCCGCGGCCCCGGGAGAGGCGGCCGACGCGUCCCCCGAACCCAGCGCCGACGAGGACGACCUGAUGACCUGCUCCAAUGCGCGCUGCCGGCGCACCGAGACCAUGUUCAACGCCUGCCUCUACUUCAAGUCCUGCCACAGCUGCUACACCUACUACUGCUCGCGCCUGUGCCGCCGCGAGGACUGGGACGCCCACAAGGCGCGCUGCGUGUACGGCCGCGUGGGCAGCGUGUGCCGCCACGUGCUGCAGUUUUGCCGCGACAGCGGCCCGGUGCACCGCGCUUUCUCGCGCAUCGCUCGUGUCGGCUUCCUGUCGCGCGGCCGCGGCGUGCUCUUCCUGGGCUUCCCAAGUCCAGGCUCGGCCGACAACUUCCUGCGCUUUGGCCUGGAGGGGCUGCUGCUAUCCCCCACCUACCUAUCGCUGCGUGAGCUGGCCACACACGCGGCGCCCCUGGGCAGCUACGCGCGCGAGCUGGCGGCCGCUGGGCGCCUCUACGAACCGGCAGAGUGCUUCCUGCUCAGCGUGUCCGUGGCCGUGGGACCCGGCACCGCGCCACCGGGGACACCCGCCCUGCCCGCGCCCGCGCCACGCAGCCACGGGCCAACAGUGCGCAAGUUCGCCAAGGUAGCGCUGGCGGCCGGCAGCCCCGCGCGGCCGCCCCCGGCGCGGAGCCGCGAGCCCGACAUGGAGACGCUGAUCCUGACGCCACCGCCGGGCACGGCGGGCCUGGAUCAGGACGGCGAGGCGGGCCGGCGCGCGCGCGAGGUGGCCUUCAUCCACAUCCAGCGCGAGCUGCGGCUGCGCGGCGUCUUCCUGCGCCACGAGUUCCCGCGCGUCUACGAGCAGCUUUGUGAGUUCGUCGAGGCCAACAGGCGCUUCACGCCCACCACCAUCUACCCCACGGACCGGCGCACCGGCCGCCCCUUCAUGUGCAUGAUCAUGGCCGCCUCCGAGCCGCGCGCGCUCGACUGGGUGGCCAGCGCCAACCUGCUGGACGACAUCAUGUGAGGCGCCGGGCCCACCAGGCCCAGCCCAGGCGCUGGCCCGAACCCUGCCCUGCCCACUCAGGCCCCGCCCGGCCCACCUAGGGCCGCCCCCGAGCCCCGCCAGGGCCCCACCCCGCCUUCUUCUAGGCCCCGCCUCUAAUUCCCCAGCCUUCCAAGCUCCGCUCAGUACCGCCUCCAGCUCCGCCCAGGCCCCCACCCCCCGGCCCUUCGUCCCCGUAGUGUUCCUCACCGGCCUUUCGCCUUCCCACCCCCAGCAACCCCUCUCCCUCCUCCGGGCCUGCUCCCUCUCCCAGCUCGCCCUCGAGGAUCCCCAGAAGAAGUCGGUCCUCGCCCUCGGUGCUCCCCGCUGGGAGGCGGGGUGGGCCUGAGGACCGCCGAGCUCUGCCUUCCCUCGGAGGGGUCACUACUGCACAGACCCCACCCGUACAGAUCCGGUCCCCGUCGGUCCGCGGGGCUCUCGCUGGAGCCUCCCCGACUCCGGUUUCCCGUCAUCCAGAAGCCCGACGUAACCAAAGCCCAGUCUGUCACUUUAAACACGCCCCGCCCCGCCUCCCGCGGCUGUGUUGCCUCCUCGCUGGAGAACACCCUGGUCGACCUCUGUGCGUCCGUGUGCGCGAGCGCGUCCCGCCGAGGCGGUGGGCAGGGCGGACGGUGCGCAGUGCGUUCCCGCUGGUCGGAGCCAGCACACUAACGAUGCCACGCGCCCUGCCGUCCCUUCGCCUCCAGCCGCUGCAGUCUGGGCCCUGCAGGAGCUGGGAAAAACCGCAGGGAGGUCUUCAGGCCGAUAUGCAAGUCUCCCAGCCGAAGGGGCAGGGGACCUGAACAGGGGAAGCAGAGCACGUGGGCCUGGCCAGAGCUGACACCUGGCUAGGAGAGGAAGGACCAAGGGACGGGGCGUUCCCAGGUGGGAGCCUGGAGGGCAAAGCGUGGUGCGAGCAGGUGAGGGAGAGAGCUAGUUGGUAAGCGUGGAAGCCCACCCGAAGGGGCUUGACCUGUCCCGAGAGGUCCCCGCACACCCGCUCUGGCCGCACCCCGUACGGCGGGCGUGGAGGCGCAAGCCCGGCGGCCCGGCCUCCACCUGUCCCCCAAGUGCACCCUGGUCCGCGCCCAGAGCUCUCUGGAGGGUGGGGUAUCCGGGAGAGGGGUGGAGGCCAAACGCAAGGGCCCUCCUGGAGUCCCCAGCCCUACUUCGGAGCCAGGGGAGGGGGCACCAAGUGAGAGAAAUUGGGCACCCCCGCCUCCGCUCCUGCUUUCGCACCCGGCGCGCCCAUCUCGUCCCCGCGCGUCUGCACCGGCCAGGCGUCCCGCUUGCCUACCCGCCGCCGCGCCCCGCGCCCCCGACCCCAGGGCCUCUGCAUUCGGCCCCACCCCUGAGGGCCGGCCAGGAACGCCCCUGGACCAGAAUAAUUUCCAGGGGGCAAGAGCUUUCGAACCAAGUAAAAUAGAACUUGAAUGUA